AAGAGUUAUCUCUCUUUAUACCGACUCGAAUAAAAAUACCGAGAUUCAAAUCUAUAUUUUGGAUAUAUAUAUAUUCUGGCAUGCCUUCAAUUUGACGGGUUCCGAAUGGUGUUCCGGUUUAUUGAAAGAUGGCAGGAUCAGAAAAGAAACUUGAAAGAUCUAAGAGUGGGCUACGAAUGAUCCCCGUGUCUGACUGUGACAUGAGCCCCUUUACACUUCCAGAGCCUCCCUGGGUCCCAGACGAUGAGUGCAAACAGUGUCAAAACUGCAGAGCCAAAUUUGACUUCUUCAAAAGAAGAAAGCAUCACUGCCGUCGAUGUGGGAAGUGCUUCUGUAAUGACUGUUGUCAAGAAAAAGUGAAUUUACCCAGAAUGCUGUUCCUGGACCCAGUCCGCCACUGCCAAGUUUGCAUAGAGGUUUCCAGAAAAGAGGAGGACUUCUUCGAAAAGCAUUUAAAGACACUUCAAAAUGGAGGUUAUUUCUUGGUGAGUGAUUCUGACAUGGGGCCAGACCAAGCAUCCCUCUUCUUCCUCAAGCUAUCGGCCAACCACAGACAGCUGUUGUUUGAGGGUGACAGUGAUAAACAUGAGCCUGUACAAAUCGAGAAAAUCGACACCUUGCAGAUUUUGCCAUCUGGGAAGGAUGACGAAGGCAACACUGUAGCUGGAGGCAUUGCAAUAAAGUACACAGACUCCAGUGGAGGGAUUACAGUGGUCAAGAUGAUGGUGGACUGUGGGGGCAAUAGAAAACCUGGACAGGUCUGGAUUGCUGCCAUGCAAAAAGCAUUUAAGAUGGUGUACGAUGCAAGGACAAAGUGAGGUGAGCUGCAUCAUCAAGAGGAAUUUACAGAGACGAUCUGAAAAAAAAAUAUGAAAGUUAAAAGUACAUGGUGCUUUAAUGGUCAUAUUUAAUGUUCUGCUUUUAUGACUUUACACUGAAACAAAGAGGCAUUUUGUUAACUGUAUUAUUCAUCUGAUGAAUAGUGAAUCAUGUUAUUUCUGUAAAUCUGGGUAUGUUCGCUGAAGUUAAGAUUUCUAGCAAUUUGUGGGGCUAUUGAAUUUACAAAACAAUGUUUUCCUUAAAAGUUAAAAACUACUUAUUACCUCUUUUAGUUGCAGGGUUUCAAAAUAGUUUGACCCAAUUUUGAAAAAUAAAUCUCUAGUGUUUGACUCUUUGUUUUCAAAUAUUAAUUUCAGCAAAAGUUUUCCAGAUUGAUGGUUACUGUACAAACUGUUUUAAAAUAGUCCAUUCCAUACAUCAGACACUUUAACUUGUAAUAUAUUGCUUGUUAAUAGUCAUAAUUUGUAACAUGUACAUGUAUAUUGACGUUGACAGGUGUUGGACUGUAUGUGGCACCAUAAAUGUAAGUGUCCUGAGAGGAUGGGUUGUGUUGGGAAUGUCAUUAUUUCUAAUACACAGGAUAUGUGGUAUUCUGUCACUAGUCUAUGUUAUAACGAAAUGAUGUGAUCAUAAUAUUAUAAUGUAAAUAUUUAUACUAUGGAUAAAGAAGUGUGAGGUGUUCAUACUGUUUUUUGUAACAGUUCAUGGAAAGGAAACUGAUAAUCUUAUCAAAUCUACUUAUAGGGAAGUUGUGAUUUAAACUGUUUAGAUGUAUAAAUCUACUGUUGUCUGCUGUUUUAUUGUAUACAUAUAUAUAUCAUUAUAUAAUUUUAUGCAUGACAUAAAAAAGGAAUUUUAA